UGGUCGGCGGCCGUGUUGAAUGAAGCGCCGCUGAAACGUGCGGACAGCAGCGCGAGGCGAGCCGCAGGGAGCGACCGAGAGACAGCGACUCGACCGCCGGUGGAGCUGCUGGGGGUGGUCGGACACCGGUUAUCUGUCGACCAGAGGCGGCUUGGCUCUCUGCCGGAGCUCGGUGUCGGAGAUUGAAUGAGGUUGAUGCUGCUUUGCUGCACCUGGAAGGACGAACGUAUGGGAGAGGAGGAAGCUGGAGAAAGUUUGCCCGAGUGCGCGGGAUGCAAAGAGAGGAUCUAUGACGAGCAGUACCUCCAGGCUCUGAAUGCUGACUGGCACACCGUCUGCUUCAGAUGUUGCGAGUGCAGCGCCUCUCUGUCCCACUGGUAUUAUGAGAAAGAUGGGCAGCUUUACUGCAAGAACGAUUACUGGGCCAAGUUUGGGGAGCUGUGCCACGGCUGCAACGACCCGAUCUCCACCGGCCUCAUCAUGGUUGCAGGAGAGCAGAAGUAUCACCCAGAAUGCUUCAGCUGUCUGAACUGCCGCACGUUCAUCGGCGAUGGAGACACGUAYGCAUUGGUGGAGCGGUCCAAACUCUACUGCGGUCACUGUUACUACCAGACCAUCGUGACCCCGGUGUCGCUGCCAGACUCGCCGUGCUCGCGGAUCCCUCACACCGUCACGCUCGUGUCCAUCCCAGCGUCGGACGAGGGAGACAACGGGCGCAGAGGUCGAGGCUUCUCCGUGGCCAUCGACCAGCCUCUCAGUUCGAUCAACAGCUACAGCCCCGAACACGGACGCACCGUCAGAGUCUCCCAAGUGGAUGCUGACCUCAUGAGYCCAGAUGUGAAAAACUCCAUUCAUGUCGGAGACAAGAUCCUGGAAAUCAACGGGACGCCCAUUCACAACGUUCCUCUGGAUGAGAUCGACCUGCUCAUCCAGGAGACGAGCCGCCUGCUGCAGCUCACCAUCGAACACGACCCUCACGCUCAGGAGAAAAGAGGAAGCUGCUCAGAGGUUGAAGAUCAGUUGGACGGCACCCUGUUCACCCCAGUCUCAGAGGGUCCCAGCCCCACCCUGCCAGUCACCCAGCCCCCUAACCCUGACAUCAGCAACCUGAAAUCCCGCAUCAUCACGAGGAGUUACAGCAUCGACAAAUCGCCAGGCUCCAGUAACGCAGCGUCGCCCAUCUCUCAGAGGAAGGACAUCCACCGGUCUGAGUCGCUCCGAGUCGUCUCCAGUCGGACUCACCGCAUCUUCCGCCCGUCUGAUCUCAUCCACGGAGAAGUGCUCGGCAAGGGCUGCUUCGGACAGGCUAUAAAGGUGACACACAGGGAGACUGGGGAGGUGAUGGUGAUGAAGGAGUUGAUUCGCUUUGACGACGAGACUCAGAGAACGUUCCUGAAAGAGGUGAAGGUGAUGCGCUGCCUGGAUCACCCCAAUGUGCUCAAGUUCAUCGGAGUCCUCUACAAAGACAAGAGACUCAAUUUCAUUGCCGAGUACAUAAAGGGAGGAACCUUGAGGGAAAUCAUAAAGAAAAUGGACGGUAACUAUCCCUGGAACCAGCGGGUCAGUUUUGCUAAGGACAUUGCUGCUGGGAUGACUUAUCUCCAUUCCAUGAACAUAAUCCAYCGGGACUUAAACUCACACAACUGUCUGGUCCGAGAGGACAACACCGUGGURGUGGCAGACUUCGGCCUGGCUCGGCUCAUGAUUGAUGAUAAGCAUGAAGAGAAGCUGACGCAGGGAAAGCUGUCYGGCCUGAAGAGGCCCGACCGCAGGAAACGGUACACCGUGGUGGGAAACCCCUACUGGAUGGCUCCAGAGAUGAUCCAUGGGAAAAGCUAUGAUGAGAGAGUUGACAUCUUUUCUUUUGGCAUCAUGCUCUGUGAGAUUAUUGGUCGAGUAAACGCAGACCCAGACUACCUCCCCAGGGCGACAGACUUUGGACUCAACGUUUCUGGCUUCCUGGAGCACUUCUGUCCCGCUGACUGUCCCCCCGCCUUCUUCCCCAUGGCUGCUCUGUGCUGUGACCUCGAUGCAGACAAAAGACCUGCCUUCUCCAAGCUGGAGGAGUGGCUGCAGAACCUGAAGAUGCACUUGGACAUCGGCCURCCCCUGAUGUCUGAACUGGACCAGUUGCACAAGGCCUUCUGGGAACGCCACAGCAUCAAGCGCCCCGAGAACGGCCUGCACACGCACCCCGAGCAGCCCGAGUAGGGUCGACCGCCCGCCUCGGGUGGCAGCRCGGUGGGAGGAGUCGCGUUCAGGCUUCCAAGCAGAGGACACUGGUUUUUAGCUGGCUCAGGCUGAACAAAACAGACUCAGGGGGAAAAAAGUGGAUCUGAAAAGCCACCUGUGUGAAAUGCACACAAACACACACAUGCUUCAUCUCCAACCGAAGGUGGAGUAGACUGUCAAAUGCAAAUCAGACACUACUUUCAACAUAUGACUCUUGAAUCAUGUAGAUAUAACUUGAGUGGUCACAAAUACCUGUUGUUCUUACUGUAGUGUGCAAAAUUACAUAGAAACAGUGACGAAAUGAGCAAAACCUUUUAGUUUCUUCACUCCCCAGCCUCUGCAGAGAACUUUGUGCAGUUUGUGCUCGCAGGUGUUUCUGUGUGCAUUUGUUUCUUUUUGGAUCUCCAAAAUGUACUUUGUGAAAAUGAUUUUUUUUUUUUUUAAAAAAAGGCCUGUUUGCUGUCUUAGAGACGACUUUUAGAUCCACUUGUAUAAAAAAAGCGAAACCUCCCGAGCUUUAAGCGUCUCAUAAAUAACGCUGCCGGGUCAAAUCCUGCUUCACUGUGCGUCCGCUCUGACCACUGAUCURCACGUGGCGCCGCCUCGUCUGUCCCUAUUUAUCACGUAGCACUGACUUUACGUUAAGGUACACAUUCAGACGCAAACUUUAAUCUCUCGAUUUAAAGAGCGCUCAUUUCAUUGYCUUUACGGUGUACAGCGCCACCAAYGUUGUAAAUGUUUUAAAUAUUGUAAAUGUACAGUCUUAUUUUAUAUACGUCCUCUACAUYGCCAUAUUUUUAUUGGCCGACCAGAAGAGGAGGAGAGUAAACCGCGCUUUCAAAGGCACAGCCAAAUGUUUUAUUGUAUGUAUUUUUUUCUGUUUUGUUUUGUCAUUUAGCAUUUGAGAUUUUAGGAAYUGUAGCACCAGAAAACGUCUUCAAAAUGUCAUUUUAAACUUUCAGYCCCCUCAAAAAAGCUUUCCUACUGAUUGGUCCUAUGGCGUUAAUUUCUCAUGGAAAGCUUUUGAAAUAAAACUGACUAAUAGGAGCCCUAAUCCUCUAAACCUGUCUUGUGCUAAACUAAAUUAYAUCACUGUAAUAGUUUGUCAGGUCACAUCAAAUUGAUUUUAAAAAAGAAAGAGUUAGCUACUCUCGUUAAGUUUGCAGAAACUUUUGUGAUCAGCUCUAAUUACAGUCUUAUUUGGCACAAACCCUCCUGUGCUGUAAUCCAUACUGGAUUAUUUAAUUAGCUGGAAGGGGAGGGGUUUAAUUACUUCAUAGAGUUCGCAGAAUUGAUUCUGAGGACAAUCAACCACUUUUUCACAGCUGGUUGUUCUGUAAAAAAUACUAACAAGCAGAAGUUUCUCUAAAUGGAAAGCAGCUGUGUGCUUUUUUUACUCCUUCGAGUCAAACGUUUCUGCUUUUCCGACAUCCUUCUUGUACAGCGUGUUAGUAUAUUUUCACCAGGUACUGCCUCGUCCUCUCUGUUUGUCAACAUGUCUCCUCUGGAGGAUGACUCAUCGUUUGUUUACACAUAAAACCUAUCUGUACUGUAAAUACGACUGUAUAUAGAUACUGUCCUACGUCUGCCUGCCUGCGUGCGUUGCAUAAACACACACACACACACACACACACACACUGCUCAGAAAUAUUCCGACACUGUCAAGUUUCACUCGCACCUUCUGAAGUAGGACAGCGGUCUUUAAGGAUCUUUAAACUUUUGCUUCUUCCUUUUCACGAGCUGCAUGAUGAAGUGGCAAGGUCUCUUCUGCUUCCACUCUAAGCUGUUUUACUUUUUGRAUAUCAAGGUUUUUAAAUAAGACAACUGAACGGGAGAUGAAGAGAAAAAGCUGAGCUGAAAAAACGAGAAAGGAAAAAAAAGGUCUGUUUUUCUACUCAUAUAAACCCACGGGAAUCCUUUUGUACACAUUUGAGUACUUUUAUUUGCACUAAAUGGCCGUUUGGGGCCGUGUUUGUUAAUUUUUCUCUCUUGGGCUUCUUGUGAUACAGACAUGAUUUAUGUCAGUUCAGGUUGAUAAAUGAAUGCAAGCCACUGUUGGAGCCUUUCAACUGUUUAAAAACAAGAGGGUUCUGGGAACUUCGACCUCUCAGCAGCAAACGGACCCGUCUAAAUACUUAGAUGCACUUUUAUUUGCAAURCAAAACAAUAUUUUCUAAUUUAAUAAGAGGAGGUUAAAUGACAUCUAAARGACAAGGUGUCCUGGUUUUUGCUGUUGAUUGGUAGUGAUGUCUCAGCUUUGCCUGCUGCCUAUGGACUGGUCCUUUGUGAAUGAUGUCRUGUGUGAUUUCUGACCGCUCGGUGACGUUCGUGACGCCCACAGACGCUGCUGAUGUUUCUGACAGUCAAGCACCUGAACUGGCCUCCUUCACCUCUUCCUCGUGUUUUUUGGCUCAGGGCCGUAACAUUUCCGGAGCUUUCGUCACGAUUCUGUUCAMUCAGCAGCUUAAUAGUUAAUCACCAGUAACAGUGGGGCUGGAAGUGACACCCUGCAGGCCGAGAACUCAGACCGAGUCCCUCCCGGCUCACCCGGUGUSCACCUGUGGCUUUGUCGUGUUUUCCCUCACCGUCCCACAGUCCAGCAUGUUAGACGCAUCAGUGAUGGCCACCGAGAAUGUUCCCGCAGCACUUCUUUGCAAAGGAUCGUUACCUCUGAACAAUGCUGUGCCUUUGUUGUAAGCUAGCCUUGCCAACGACUCGAAAACAUGAACUGAUUUCCCUUUUUUUAAAUAAUGUAUAAUAACUGCAAGCCUGAUUCAAGUGAACUGAAUAUUUUAGUGUUGUAAAAGAUUUUAUCAUGUUCUGUACCAUAUUUAUAGUUUCAGAUCUCCAUGGUCAGUUUUGAUAUUUUAAUACUGUAUUCCUUUUGUCUUAUUUUAUUUUUUUUUUUACACAAGCUGUGAAAAGAAAUUCUGCACUUUAAUCCUGAACGUGAACAUAGACUCUGAGGAGUUGAUUGUAUUUUGUUUUCUUUGGGUCACAGCUUAAAAUAAAAUUGUUGCUCCUUAAGCAAAUCACA